AAAUGUCACAGACUGACAGCAGAAGGAUUUGUGUCCAUGGAAAUUCAGCUUGAAUCAGAAAAGCCCAUUCUGUGAUGCUGCAGGGCACCUCCAUUCUGAGAAGUAGAUGCCUGCUGGUGGGUAAUCAAUUAGAAAAUCUAUCUGCCCUUGAGGACUGCUUCUAGUGAGCAUCAAGACUGGCUGCCUUUUCAUCACCUCUUCUAUAGCCACUUACCUCAAUCUCCAAAAGAGAAAAUUCUGACAUCUUAAUUUUAAUGUGAGCAUUUGAUCCAGUGCUUGAGAUAAAUAUAACCCUGAGCAGUAUAGAGAAGGUUUAAUGGGAAAUGGUUGGCAUUCUUUCUUGGUAAAGGCACAGGGAAAAGAGAGAGGCUGAGGGAGAGAGGGAGAAAGGGAGAGAGAGGGAGAGAGAGGGAGAGAGAGAGAGAGGUAAACAGCAGUGGGGAAGACAGAAACAGAUCAGCAAGGCUCCACGGCAGCCUGGAGGCAAGGCUGCUGAGAACUUGACACUUUCCAGACCCCAGCCAGCAUGGUUGUCCUGAAUCCAACGACUUUGGGAAUUUAUCUUCAGCUUUUCUUCCGCUUUGUCGUGUCUCAGCCUACUUUCGUCAACAGUGUCCUCCCAAUUUCAGCAGCCCUUCCUGGCCUGGAUCAGAAGAAACGUGGCAGCCACAAAACAUGCUGCCUGCUGACACCUCCUCCGCCCCCCCUGUUCCCACCACCAUUCUUCAGAGAAGGCCGAAGUCCGCUUCUCUCCCCAGACAUGAAGAAUCUCAUCCUGGAACUGGAGACCACGCAGUCCCCGUGUGUCCAAGGAUCACUCGGCUCCCCUGGGCCUCCCGGCCCCCAGGGUCCACCGGGGCAUCCAGGCAAGACAGGACCAAAGGGAGAAAAGGGGGAGCUUGGCCGACCAGGAAGGAAGGGUAGACCUGGCCCCCCGGGUGUUCCUGGUAUGCCUGGGCCCAUCGGCUGGCCUGGCCCUGAAGGACCCAGGGGUGAAAAAGGUGACCUGGGUCUGAUGGGCUUACCAGGGUCAAGAGGACCAAUGGGCUCCAAGGGCUACCCCGGAUCCAGAGGGGAAAAGGGAUCCAGAGGUGAAAGGGGUGACUUGGGUCCCAAAGGAGAAAAGGGUUUCCCGGGAUUUCCUGGAAUGUUGGGGCAGAAAGGUGAAAUGGGUCCAAAGGGUGAGCCUGGGAUAGCAGGACACAGGGGACCCACAGGAAGACCAGGAAAACGAGGCAAGCAGGGACAGAAGGGAGAUGGUGGAGUUAUGGGUCCACCAGGCAAGCCUGGGCCUUCUGGUCAACCUGGCCGUCAGGGUCCCCCAGGCCCUCCAGGUCCCCCAUCCACAGGACAACUCACAAUGGGACCCAAAGGCGAAAGAGGAUUUCCAGGGCCUCCAGGAAGAUGUCUUUGUGGAACCCCCGUGAAUGUGAAUAACCCUUCUUAUGGGGAAUCCGUGUAUGGGCCCAGCUCCCCGAGAGUCCCUGCGAUUUUCGUGGUCAACAACCAGGAGGAGCUUGAGAGGCUGAACACCAAACAUGCCAUCGCCUUCCGCAAAGACCAGAGGUCCCUGUACUUCAAGGACAGCCUUGGCUGGCUCCCCAUCCAGCUGACCCCCUUCUAUCCUGUGGACUACUCUGUAGACCACCGCGGCUCCUGUGGGGACGGGGUCCUGCAGCCAGGGGAGGAGUGUGACGACGGGAACGACGAUGUGGGUGACGACUGCAUCAGCUGUCACCGGGCAUACUGUGGAGAUGGUCACCGGCACAAGGGCGUGGAAGACUGUGACGGCUCUGACUUUGGCCACCUGACGUGUGAGACCUAUCUCCCUGGGUCAUAUGGGGACCUGCAGUGCACCCCGUACUGCUACAUCGACUCCACACCCUGCCGCUACUUCACCUGAGGAUGCCAGGAGGUGGCUGCAUCGCACGUACCUGCAGCAGCGUCUCCACCCUCAUUCAACUGACCUCGUACCGUCCUGGUCCAGUUUCCACCACCUUCAUUCAACAAAAACAAGGUCAAACUCUUGCUGCUAAGAUGUGCUUUUAACUCAGUCUGACGGGAAGAACUCAGGACCACUGCAUCCUGUCUUAAUCCAAAGUAUUGCAAGACCUCCCACAUGCCCAGCCUGGGAAGGCCCAGGCUCCCACUGGGCUGGUAGCUGACCGACAGUGUCCACUGUCUUCCGGAGUAUGGCCAACCAGGCCCUGGACUGGCUUAGCACUGUUAGACACACAUAGACCUGCAGGCUGUUUGCUUGCAUCCCGGUGGGGGCACCUGGGGCACCUGGGAUAUAGGCCUCUGCCCCUCUGACUUCUGGAAGCCUGGGCAUCUCACCAGGGAAGCCAGCCUCCAGCUCUCUCCAGGCCGGUGAACCACACAGCAGGAAAGGGGGCCCCUUCUCUCAGGGUAGCUCCCAGCUCUAGACCCACUGAGGGACUCCUCAACUACCCACAGCCCAGAACAGCCUCAUGUGGACACUGCUCCCCUAACAAGAGACCCAACCAUGAAGAAGUACUGAGAAAGCCCCAAACCCAUGCUCUGUCUGGUUAGAGGGUGAGGCUCAGCUGGGGUGCCUAUGAGCACAGAGUAGUGAGUAGUGGCCUUCCACUUUUCCAUGUUUCCCCAAGGGCGGCUCUCAUGGUCUCACCACUCCAGACUCCAUCUUGACCUCGUGGCUUUCUGCAGUUUGACUUCCAUCUCACAAAUGCCCCUCAUGUCCAUUUCUGGCUCAGGAGAUUCUCAAGCAAAGUUCAUGCCCAGGCAGGGCUGAGGAGAGCCCCACCCGGGGUUUCCCAUCUGGGACCCAACCACUUCUAGGCAAAGACAGCUUCUGUCCUGAGCUCCGACUGCUGGCUGCCUGCUGACUCUUGUGACCCCCCAUGUCGUCAUAGUGCUAGCCUGGUCCUCAUGUCUGUGUGCCCGAGCCCCACAGGUGUCCGCAGGAUCAUCAGCCUGCACAUCUGUGAGCUGCUUUUCAUCACUGGCUUUCCUGAGUGGGGCCCCAGCUUUGUUUUGGAAAGACAUCUCCGCACGGCAGACCUCAAAUGGGAUUUGCCCAUUUGUUACCAGAUGCAGGGACAUCCUAGGUUUUUGUACAAAGCUAUUUCCUGUGGCUAAGUCUUGGUGACUCAGCAGACAGGAGCGUCUGGUCCAACAGGCCAUCAUACUACAGUAGACGGGGUCGGCCCAAGGGAGGUGUCAUUUGUGGUGGACACAUCAGUCAGCCUGGUUUCCUCAAACUCUACCCCAUGUCCUGGGGUGAUGUUGCUCCCAUGUAAAGCCACCACCUUCAUACUGGGAUCUCUGGUGGGAAAUCAAGAAAUAAAGGCAAAAAGAAAAAGAAAGAAAAGCAGUUCCUUUCCCUGCUGUGGCUCUGUCUUCCUUGGGAGUUUGGAAAGUGUCCAGCAUUGCCGGGUGGAAUGAGGGGGCUUAGUUCAACUCUUCUUUCCAGACUGCAGAGGGUUCUAGAGCUUAGAAGCAGUCCCGCUCCCUCAGGGAUAA